AUGUAAUAUUUUAGAGAUUGGGUGAUUAUUUUCUAGUUUUUAAAGCCACAAAUCCAAAGAAAAUUUUCACACCUGCUAAUAUAAAACGCUAGGAGAUUUCUUUAUUAUGUUAAUUGUAUCUCAAAGAAAAUGCAGAAAAAGACCAAAAUCAAUCAAAAAUACUAAAAAACAAAGUUCUUUUCUCCAAAUAUAAAUAGGCACAAUAGAUAUCAAUCAGAAUAAAUAAAGUUUCUUUUCCUUAGGAUUUUUUAUAAAAAUAAUUUUAGAUAUGAAUUUAAGCUAGUAAUAUUUUUAAGGCAAUUUAGUUAAUCAUUAAUUAGAAUUUAAUAUUUAAUAAAUAUAGAAAGUAAAAUAAAAUAAAAUAAUAAAAAAAAGAUAAAAUUGAAAAACACUAAAAAAUUAAAAAUGAAAAUAAAGAAAAAGAUUUUUAAAAAUGAAUUAAAUUAAGUAAAUAAAUAAUUAUUAAAAUAAAAAAGUAUAUUGAUAACCUUAUAAACUAAUAAAAUUAAAAAGUGA